UCCCAGAGCACUGCUGCAGAGCAAGCCCAGGUGGGACUCGCCCUCUCUCCUGAUCCCAGCGUGUCACCGCAUGCAGAGCGCCGCUGAGGAAGCCCUGUCACCUGCUGGUGCCACUGCAGCAGGGCCAGCAAAGAAAGACGCAGCUUCUUCAUACACCCGCAGCCUGAGAGCGCCAGGACACUGGCACAGGAGGACAUCCCUCCUGUCUAGCCAGUGUCAUUGAGGAAGGACGAGCUGAAGGGAGGGCUUCUCUCUUAGCGUCUCAUUAGAGCAUCCACAGAAGCUGACCUGCACUUCUCUCCCUCUCCUGCCUCUCUGUGUGAUCACUGCCGUGAAACAGGAUCUGCUCCAAGCAGGGCUUUUUCUUCCGUGCCUGCAGUUGUUCAGCAGGACACGCUGGGAACAUUUGUUUUCUGCAGGCUGUACAGCAAGACCUGGGCUAGGAGCAAUAGCUCCUUCUCCAGCAUGACUGUAGCAAGUCCACCUCAGUGAUACAGCUUUUCCAUUCAGCUAAGAUUGGGUAAACAGCUCUUCUAUCCUCUCCCUCCACCCCAUCCUCUCUCCCUGGCACUGGACAUCGGGUGCUUCUACACCAGCCUCGUUUGUAGCAGCAACUUCUGACACCAUCUGCUGACGUGCAUGGAAGCAAGGGAUGGGUUCACUCAAAAACAGUGAGACUGACAAAGAGCCUCUGAACGUUUUACCUCCUAAGGGAUCAUCAGCUCCAGUAAACUCUGACAAGCCAACCUUAGAUGAACUAUGGAUCCAAAGGCUGCUGCCUUCCUACCCCCGUUACCGUGGCAACCGCCCGGGCUCCCCCAACUCCGAGCCGCUGCAACCGGAGCUGCUGCUGCCGGAGCUGCCGCCGGAGCUGCUCGGCAGCCGCCUGCCGCCGCCGGCCAUGGAGCUGCUGGCUGCGGCUCUCAGCGCUGCCUGCGCCCUGGACCAGGACGGCUCGGUGGGACAUCCCAGCAGGGACCCCCCGGCUGCCGCUGAGGAGAACCCCACCGCCGCCACCGCCGAGGCACCGCCGCCCGCCCACCCCAUGACGGCCGACUCCUGGAGGAACCUGAUCGAGCACAUCGGGCUCUUGUAUCAGGAAUAUCGAGACAAAUCUACACGCCAGGAGAUUGAAACCAGACGGCUGCAGGAUUCACAGACAGACCCUGAGGAGAGCUCGCCCAGCGAGGAGGCCCCAUCUGAAGCAGAACCUGCAAGUACACCUGAAAGCAAAGCUCCACCCCAGAUCAGUUUGCUGAGAAACUCCAGCUCCAGGUUCAACCUCUGGCAAGAUCUUCCCGAGAUCCAGAGCAGCGGGGUCCUCAGCAUCCUCCAGCCAGAUGAGAUCAAGCUGCAGGAGGCCAUGUUUGAGCUGGUUACAUCUGAAGCCUCAUAUUACAAGAGUCUCAAUCUGCUGGUGUCCCACUUCAUGGAGAAUGAACGCCUGAAAAAGAUCUUACACCAGUCUGAGGCACACAUCCUCUUCUCCAACGUCCUGGAUGUCAUGGCUGUCAGCGAGCGCUUCCUGCUGGACCUGGAGCAGCGGGUGGAGGAGAACAUUGUGAUCUCUGAUGUCUGCGACAUUGUCUACCAGCACACAGUUAACCACUUCUCUGUGUACAUCACCUACGUCUCCAACCAGACCUACCAGGAGAGAGCUUACAAGCAGCUUCUCCAGGACAAGCCAGCUUUUCGGGAAGUGAUCUCACAGCUGGAGCUGGAUCCCAAGUGCAAAGGCCUGUCCUUUUCUUCCUUUCUCAUUCUGCCAUUUCAAAGGAUCACUCGACUCAAGCUGCUGGUGCAGAAUAUUUUGAAGAAAGUGGAAGAGAAGUCUGACAGAGAAUCCACUGCCCUGGAUGCACAUAAAGAACUGGAAACAGUGGUGAAAGCCUGUAAUGAGGGUGUCAGGAAGAUGAGCCGAACAGAGCAGAUGAUCAGCAUCCAGAAGAAACUGGAAUUCAAGAUCAAGUCUGUGCCCAUCAUCUCUCACUCCCGCUGGCUGCUGAAACAGGGAGAGCUGCAGCAAAUGAAUGGUCCCAAGACAUCACGGACACUGCGCACCAAGAAACUCUUCAGAGAGAUCUACUUGUUCCUUUUCAACGACCUGCUGGUAAUCUGCCGGCAAAUCCCUGGGGACAAGUACCAAGUGUUUGACUCAGCUCCCCGGGGGCUUCUUCGGGUAGAGGAGUUAGAAGACCAGGGACAGAGUUUGGCCAACGUCUUCAUCUUGAGGUUGCUGGAGAAUGCAGACGACCGGGAGGCCAGCUACAUGCUGAAGGCAUCAUCCCAGAGUGAAAUGAAGCGUUGGAUGAUUUCGCUGGCCCCGAACCGGAGAACCAAGUUUGUCUCAUUUACAUCCAGGCUUGUUGACUGCCCGCAGAUCCAGUGUGUCCAUCCCUACUUGGCCCAGGAGCCAGAUGAGCUGUCCUUAGAACUGGCGGACGUUCUCAACAUCCUGGAAAAGACAGAUGAUGGAUGGAUAUUUGGGGAGCGUCUUCAUGACCAGGAGAGGGGCUGGUUCCCCAGUUCUAUGGGGGAGGAGAUCCUGAACCCCAAAAUCCGAGCCCAGAACUUGAAGGAGUGUUUCCGGGUACACAAGUCGGAUGACAGCCAGCGGAGGAAACUGGGCAGUAGAAACCGCCAGUGACCACUUACGUCCCUGAGUGUCUUGAGUGCCUCUGGGAGAGGGGCAGAAGACAGAGACUGCCAGCUGGGAGAACGCAGCAGUAGUGCUGUGGGCCAUGGUGCAGGACCUAGUGUGCUGGACCAGGCACAUGCACCCCUGAACAAAUGGACUGUAGUUCCUGGCUCUCUGCCAUGCUUCCUGCAGCACCAAUCCUUUCCUGGAGAUGAGUGCUCUGAACCAGCUAAUACAAGCCCUUUCCAGGUGUUCUGUACAGCCCCAAAGAGCACAAGCCGAAUGAACACAGCCUGAAGGCCACCGUGACCCUGCUCCCUGCACACGUGCUAGCUGGGGCUGGCUCAGGCCGCUUGGGAAAGGCACACAGCCAAUAAUGUAACUAAGCAAUUAAUGACACCCAGUUUGAGCACUUCAGUUCAUUGCUACCUUUUGAGCUUGGAGCCCUCCUAAAGCAGCUUCUCACAGAGGUAGGAACUGAAGCAGAGGAGCUGUCUUGCCACCUCUCUCACAAGCCCUUGCAACCAGGCUGGGACAAGCCCCGGCAACUCCACUUCCCCAGCCCUGCUGUGAGGCUGUUGGGCCCGUUCUUAAGGGCAGACACUCUCACCUGUUUCCAGUCAAAUGCUCCAUACCCAGCCCUGCUCCACCAGCAGUCCAACCUCGUCAGUCCUGACCAACAUCUCUGCCCUCCUGAGAGCUUUGAAGCACAUCUGGGUCCUGCCCUAUGGCUCACUCCUUCUUCCACAGCCAGCAUCCCUCUGCAGAAGCCUGGCACCAGAGCCUUCCCCAGCUCUCUAGCACUGUCUCUGCUGCUCACUGCUGCUGAAGCACAGAGCAGGUCAGAUGUGCCAGCACCUCCCCACACACCACCAUGUACCAUGGGAGCAUCAGCAGACCCAGUUUGCUGUGCAGCAUACAAGUGACAUUGCCCUAGAAGCUGUUGCCCCCCACACCGUGGGAGACCCUUCGAUUCCUGCCUGCAUGCUUGUAACCCACACUGCACAGCCCAGGCACACAGCCCAGGUGCAGGAGCUCCCUGUGCAGGCUCACCUCCGUGCGCAUACGCCAGCCUGCCGUCGAACCGCACCGUCGCUCCUGCCAGCUGCGGCUCUGAGCAUCGCAUGGAGCCCAGGGCACAGCACUGAGACCAGUCGGGGCAUGGACCCACAGCAGCUACCUGUCAUCCACGAGCCUUGCUCUAAACGGUGCCACACAUGGUCACAGCCUCUUCACUGCAAGUUGCUCCCAAGCUGUGGCCAGCAUCCAGCAGGAACAUGAAUUCAUCAUCUCUGUAACACUGCAGAGGAGUCUUCCAGGCAUGGUGGCCUGCACUGAUGUAUGCUCCACUGGUGUCACGGUUGUACUCAAGAAGGGGAUGGAGAGCAGCUGCCUUCUGAUGGAGCCAGGCACCAGCCACAAGCACAGAGCAGAAGAGUACAACGGCAGUGAUGGCACCAUGGGGCAGAAGCAGGAUGAUGGAAUCUACUGGAGCUGGCUCUAGAGCACUGCACUGGAGCUGGUCUUAGGGCCACAUGGGGCCCAGGUUACACAUAGGGUGUGUAGUGUGAGGCUGACACAAUCUGUGCUAGCACAGCCAGCCAAGAGUCACCCUGAACACUGGGAGGGGACUGCAACCAGGCCCCAGGUCCAAACUGGUGCAAGCCACUGCAGUGAAGGGAGAGUGAAGGGGUUGACCUUUGAGCCUAGCUCAGUACCACAUUAGGGUAUGACAGCCAGCAGGGCUAUGCCUACCCUGGCCAUUUGUAGCCACUCCCAAGGGAAGGCCCUGGACAGCUCACACCAGCCAGAGGCCCCUGGCCACCUGCCAGCACCCAGCCCAGAGCUUGGGGACAGUUUGGUACUUCAGACUCAUCAGUGGAGACCCCAAGUCAAAUCUCCCCAACAGCAUCCCAAAUUUAGGUGAGUACAAGCAAGCCUCCAGCUCAGGGUUCAGACCUUGCAGCAGGCAGAAUUCCAUAGCCAAACCAGAUCCAGCACCUCCUUAGAAUUACCUGAGACAUCACCACCACCACCCAGAUCCCCCAGCUUUGCAGCCCAGCAGCCAGGCAGUUCAGGCACUACAGCCCCACAUGCAGCCUUCCCCCAUCAGAAGCAGCUCUGUUGCUAGUGGAGGGGCAGAGCCAGGUUCCCCAGUACUACAACACUGGUUCCUCACUGCUUUUUUUUCUUCAUGGGGUGGGAAGGAGCCCAGAACUGCUGUGCACUGUUUCAAGACCAAUCCACCACCAAGCCCUGGGACUCACCUCAGACCCUCUUGCUCUGUUGUGAUGUUUUAGGACUCCAGGCCCUAGGCACAGGCUGUGCCAUUUUCAGGCACCAAGUGUCAUCCAGUGUUACUUCCUCAGACCCAGCCCUGCACGCCUCCGUUUCAGUGGUCUCAAGUGUUGUACAGGGCCAGGCCUGGGGCCCACAAGCAUGGGCUAGAGCCCUCCAGCCCCCAGCAGGCUGCCUCAGCAAACUGAGGGGAACUUCUUGUUGUCUCGUUUUAUUGUGUGAUGAAAUAUAGCUGAGCGAGCCAGCACCAAA